AUGAACUGUCCCUCGCGCAACGACGACAUCACGCUGGAGCAUCCCGACUGGAACCAGAACCCGCCCUUUCUCGCCGCCGACCUCACCACCUGCGAGGACCUGAACGGCAUCGCCAACGCCCGCGAGCAACGCCGCGCCCGGAGCGGUGCCGGGGAUGGGUCCGACGGCCGGGGUGACGAGAUGAAUUACCAGACGUUACCGCGCGUUUACAACCCGAUCGGAGGCGCCCCGUUUCGGGAGGGUGGAACUAUGCUGCUGUUGAGCACCUCACCGCCCUCGGUAUUCAUGUGCAAGCGCCAACACCGACGACGUCUAAACACCACCUCACAACACGAAAUGCACAUGGGACGCUGA